CGAGCGUCGCAUCCUCCCUCUGCUGCCAUGGCUGCGUAUAAGUUGGUGCUGAUCCGGCACGGCGAGAGCGCCUGGAACCUAGAGAACCGCUUCAGCGGCUGGUACGACGCCGACCUGAGUCCAGCGGGCCACGAAGAGGCGAAGCGCGGCAGGCAGGCGCUUCGAGAUGCUGGCUAUGAAUUUGACAUCUGCUUCACCUCAGUGCAGAAGAGAGCAAUCCGGACCCUCUGGACAGUGCUGGAUGCCAUUGACCAGAUGUGGCUGCCUGUGGUGAGGACUUGGCGCCUCAAUGAGCGGCACUAUGGGGGUCUGACUGGCCUCAAUAAAGCAGAAACUGCAGCCAAGCACGGUGAAGCUCAGGUCAAGAUUUGGAGGCGCUCCUAUGAUGUCCCCCCACCUCCGAUGGAGCCUGAUCAUCCCUUCUAUAGUAACAUCAGUAAGGAUCACAGGUAUGCAGAUCUCACUGAAGACCAGCUGCCUUCCUGUGAGAGUCUGAAGGACACUAUUGCUAGAGCUCUGCCCUUCUGGAAUGAAGAAAUAGUUCCCCAGAUUAAGGAGGGAAAACGGGUACUGAUUGCAGCCCAUGGCAACAGCCUCCGGGGCAUUGUCAAGCAUCUGGAGGGUCUCUCUGAAGAGGCUAUCAUGGAGCUGAACCUGCCGACUGGUAUUCCCAUGGUCUACGAAUUGGACAAGAACUUGAAGCCCAUCAAGCCCAUGCAGUUCCUGGGGGAUGAAGAGACCGUUCGUAAAGCCAUGGAAGCUGUGGCUGCCCAGGGCAAGGCGAAGAAGUGAAGGCUAGCAGACAGAAUGCUGCCCAGGGAACACCUUCCUGGCCCUCAUUUCUCUGCACCUCUACCCUGCACAUGUUACACUGACCACAUCUGGAAGCAUCAGAAGUAUAGCUGCAGAUGGGGACCAGUGACUCCCAUUUUAAUCUUAGUCUUUUUUUUUUCCUGUACCCACUCCCUUCAUACAUUCUAGUCAG